UAACUCUUCUUAGUAACGCCAUUAAAGAGGAGGGAGUAGAAGUGGCUGUUACCGAAGAAGAUGCGGAUCGAGAGAUCGUCAUGAGGGCGCUUUCAAAAUGAAGCAGUAGCCUAUUGGGUCGUCGUAAUGAGAAAACACGUCGACCUGUUUUUCUCAAUGGUUUAGGCGCUGAAGAGACAAACGUCUACCUUCAGAAGAAUACGAAGGGCGAAGCUGAUUGCUGUCACUAUCCUAGGAUUUCCUACAAUGACCAGAAUUCCCAGCAAUCACAAGGGAUGGUACUAUUCACUCACGCGUUUACCGGGUGCAAUACCACCUCAGUACCGUUUGGCCAAGGAAAGACCAAAAUCACCAAACUCCUGAGCAAGAGUCAAGUGGAGUUCUUCCUUCGGCCAGACUCCACCCCACAAGCCGCGAGAGAAGCAGGCAUCAACUGCUUUGUGGCUCUAUAUGGGGGUGGCAACGCGAGGGAUACUUUGGAUUUCCUGAGGUAUACGACGUUUGUCAACGAACAUAAAUCUCGCCUAUUUGUCAUCGACGGUAGAUGCAGCAGGUCACCAUGCCGCAAGGUGCUACCUCCAAGUGCAGAAGUGACGGGAAGUCAACUUGAAUUCCACUGAUUGGGGAUGGAAGUUGUAUUCUCUGGGACUUACCCCCUAUCCCCGCCACCAUGGAUCCCGCAUCUCCU